AUGAGCGAGCGCCCGGUGGCGAGGCAUCCCGAAUUGCCAGCCACCGCUCUUGAGUCCUCGUCCCCUCAGCCGAGGUCCUCGCGCAACACCACGUCCGUGCAAGUGGUCGUGCGCUUCCGGCCACAAGUCAAUGAAGAUGAGCAGCAGGACCGAACGGCCUUCUGGGCCCUUCCGAAUGAACGAAGCGUGCAGUCCGUGGAUGGCACGUACUGCUUCGACUUCAUGCGAGCCUUCGCGGAGGCUGCAACACAAGAAGAUGUAUUUGAGCAUGUCGGAAAGCCAGUCGUCUCGGAUGUCCUGAACGGGUACAAUGGCACCGUUCUCGCUUACGGGCAGACGUCUUCCGGCAAGACCUACAGUAUGUUUGGUCCUGAGAGCGAGACGACGACGACUCCGCGGCCAGAGCUCCAAGGCAUUGUUCCCCGGGCUGCGCGUCAGGUCUUUCAGCACAUCGAGGAGAGCUUGGAGUACACAGAAUUCACUUUGCGAUGCAGCUUCAUGGAGGUCUACAAAGAGAAGAUGAAAGACCUGCUGAGACCAAACAUUGAAGCUCUUCGUGUGAAGGAGUUGCCCCAACGCGGCCUCUUUGUGGAUGGACUCUCGCGCGAAUAUGUCACCUGCGCAGCUGAUGUCCAAGCCGUCAUUGCAGCAGGACUGAGAUCGAGAGUCGUGGGCAAAACGCGCUGCAACUUGCACUCGUCGCGGUCCCACGUGAUCUUCGUGCUGCAUGUGGAACAAAGCCUGCCUCAAGGGGAAGAGAAGCUUGGCAAGUUGACUUUGGUUGAUCUUGCUGGAAGCGAGAAAGUGUCCAAGAGUGAGUGUGUCGGCGAGACACUGGAGGAGGCCAAGAAGAUUAAUUGGUCCUUAAGUGCUCUUGGUAAAGUGAUCGAUGCAUUGGCGGAGCAAAGACCUCAUGUGCCAUACAGAGAUUCACAGUUGACCCGAGUUCUUCAAGAGGCGUUGGGCGGAAAUUGCCGCACGACGCUGCUAGUCGCUGCCUCCGGUGCGCAGCAACAUGCAGAUGAAACCCUCUCUUCCUUGCGCUUUGCCACGCGAGCAAAAAGUGUUCGAAACGUAGCAAAGGUCAACUACACUUACUCCCCCGAACAGCUUUUGCUGUUGGUUGCCAAACUGCAGAAGCAGCUGGCGAGUGCUCAUGAGCACAUCGUCGAGUUGGGUGGCUUCCCACGUCCGGCGGAGGAGUCUCCAACACAUGCUGAGAUGUGGGAGCGGACACAUCGAAGCAGUUCAGCUCGACUUUCUAAGAGGUCCGUCUCAUCUCCGAAGUUUGCCAUUUCCGAUGAGGCCAGUCCCACUGCCAAGUUCGCGAAGGAUCUCAAGAGCCGGGAGGCUGAGGAGGACGACCUGGAGGCGGAAGACGAUCGACUUCUUUACAAUGAGGCCACCUUGACGCCACUCCUGGCGGCGGCACGGAGGGCCAUUGCCAACUUUGAGGAGACUCUACUUGCACAAGAGAAGUCUCUCACAGAGGUUCGCUUGCUUCGAGCCAGCCGUGAAGAUGGGGUGGCCGUUCCUCGACCCAGCGGACCCAGCGAGUCAGGUGAAGAGCAGGAUCUGAUGUCUGAACGCUUCAGAGCACUUCAACAUGCUGUGAAUGCUCGCAGCUACAAAUGGAGGCUACAGUUGGAAGAGUUCAGAAGUGAAAGCCUGGCCAUGGAAUCGCAGAUGCGGAGCACCUUUGCGCAGGAUUUGGAAAGAGCCCUGGCUGAAGCGAGGUGGAAGCUCUCAGAGUUGCAGGACACUGAAGCUAUUUCACCACGAGCAGAGGCCUUGUCCGGAGAGAGCAAACGGAGUCGAGCAGGUCCCAAGUUGGACGGAAUCCUUGGAGUAGCGGCAAAGCCAAAAAUUGCAAGGCCUGUUCCAAGAAAGCACGUGUCUCCGUCGAAACGUCUUGCGGCUGGAAGCUCGAAAGAGGCCAAGCAAAGCCAGGUGCCGACGCCACGCGGCGUGGCGCCGCGGACGCCCGCGGGCCCGACGCGCGGCGUGGCGCUGCGGGGCUCCUUCCAGCGCACGGUGGAAGCGAAGUCUCAACCUGCGGAGGAUGUUCUUUGGGUCGCAGGUACUGGUGACACAAGUGGCGAAAUCUUUCCGGAGCAUGGCCAUCAGGAGGACACAGUUGCCGUCCAAAGAGAAGCAUCUUCGGAGACCCCGGAAGUUCCAUGCAAGUCGGAGGGGACAGUGGACGGGCAUCUCUGGGAGGAUCCACAGCAAAAGUAUGAUGCCCUGCACACUGGAUUCCAGCAUCAUCAGGAACUGUUGGAGACUCAGCGGAAGCUUCGAGGCCUCACGCAGCAGAUCCACUCAAAAGACUUGCAGCUUUCGGCGCUGCGACAUGAGAUCCGGAUCAAAGAUGCCUUGCUGGGGUGCCUGCAAGAUGAGGAGCGGCGUGUGCUCGAAGUCAACGACUCCGAGCUCGAGAUGCUUCUUGAGAAGGCGCUGUCUCCCUUGGCUGCCAUCCUCACUCGCGCGCGAACGACCCAUCGGGCGGCGCAAGAUGUGGAGCGUCAGGUGUCCAGCCUGAGUGCAAGAUGA